AUUUGACUGAUUUUCUUGGAUUUUGCCUCCCCCCACUUCACAUUCACGAACUUCUUUGUCUUCACAUUCGAUAUGGAUAUUUUUUUGGAUAGAACCCGAAAAAAAUUUGGAAUAAUACUGAAUUCUCGGAAAUGAUAAUGAAUCAAGUGAAUGAAAAUGAACUCACGUCAAGCAGACGACAAAUUUCAAUCCAGCAAUGAGCAACUGGCGGAAUAAUCAGGAAACUCUAUAUAGUAUUUCUGCUGAUAAAACUUGUCACAUGUUCGGGAAGAUUCAACUACACUUGACCAUCCUCAACUCAUGCACCUUCAAAUGUAAAUCUUGACAAUAAGCUUUACAAAGCGGCUUUUUUAUCAUUUAAUGGCGCCAGAGAGAUAAGGGAAAUUAUUUACAAUAUUUGAAUAUCAAGAUAGUCAAUAAUCGUGACUGGAACAGGUGAAGAAAUCAUUCAAAGAUGACUGUGGGUCUAAGAAAAACAAUGGGGUUAACAAAUAAGAUAACCCAAACACUUCGUAAACGUUUGAACGAACGAAAUGUUAGUGACAGACUUUUGGCGGAUAUUGAAGAACAAAAGAAGAGAAUACAAUUGGAUAUCGAUACCAAUAUGUUGAAAAUUGGUUUUCUUGGUGGCGGAAAAAUGGCACAGGCCUUAGCCAAAGGAUUCAUAAAUGCUGGUCUAAGUAAAGGGGAAAAAAUUACAGCGAGUUGUCUUCCUAGUGACUCAGGAAGUAUUGGAGCUUUUCAGGAAUUAGGGUCUAGCACAGUAUUUUCAAAUAGUUCCGUAGCUGAUCAUGGAGAUGUUUUAAUUUUAUCAGUGAAACCACAAGUGGUUCACAAGGUUUUACCGGAAAUAAAAUCAAAUAAAAAAUUAUUAUUAUCCAUCGCUAUGGGAAUUAGUCUCAAAACAUUGGAGAAGGGCCUUCCGGAAGGAACUCCAGUUAUCAGAGUAAUGCCAAAUACACCGGCUUUGGUAGGUUGCGGGGCGACUGUUUACUCCCGCGGAAGGAAUGCAAGCGAAAAAGAUGCCCAGUUGACUGAAAAAUUAUUUUCCGCUGUUGGCUUUUGUGAAGAGGUUUCGGAAAAUAUGAUUGAUCCUGUCACAGCCUUGGCUGGAUCUGGACCUGCAUAUAUCUACAUGGUAAUUGAAGCUCUCGCUGAUGGAGCAGUAAAAAUGGGCAUGAUGAGGCCCCUAGCUUACAAAUUAGCUGCCCAAACUGUUCUUGGAGCCGGUGUAAUGGUACGAGAAACAAAUACUCAUCCGGGACAACUUAAAGAUGACGUCACAUCUCCCGCAGGUUCAACAAUAACAGCUGUUCAUUAUCUUGAGAAACAUGGCUUGAGAUCCGCAUUAAUUGGAGCAAUUGAAGCUGCAACAUUACGCUGCAGGGAAGUAACUUCACAAGCAGAAGCAAGUCAAAGCUAAUAGAAAUUAAUUAUUAAAUUCUAUUUAGAAAAAUUCAUCCUUGUAAAUAUGUACAGUGACUAAUAAUUAAUUUCCAUUUUAUUAUCAAAUUAUUAAUUAGAAAUUGAAUUUCUUUAAUUAUUUAAAAUAAAAGAAUUAUUGAUUUAAUUAUUUAAUAUAAAGAAGAAAAGAAAGAAAAAUAUUUCAUAAAACUAUGAGUUAAUUAAUCUAAAUAUUUAUUAUACAUAGAUCAUGCCUUUCGGGUUUACAUCUGAAUUAAUUAAAUUAAUCACUAAUUCAUAAAUUUACAUAAAUUUCUAUUUGGAUUUGAUAAUAAAAUUUUUUUCUAUAGUUAGAAUAAUUGAACUUUGUUAAAUUUUACUUUGUAAAACAAUUUUUUCUCGCAUUUUUUAUAUAAGAAAUAUAAAUAGUACUAUAGAAAUGCAACAAAAAAUGUUUUACAAAGUAGAAUUCUCAAGAAUAAAAUACGAUAAAAAUUUAAUUCUAAGACGUAUUUACGCAGUAAACACAUUUAGAGAUUUAGAUUCGAAACAUAAAAAUGUUGUCGUAAACAUACACAAAGCGUUUGUAAAUAAUAAUAUCUUAAGGCUUUUUAUAAUCAUCACUUACGAUAACACGUGGAAAAUUUUCUGCGAAUCGAAUGCGAGACAUUACUUAAUAGCGUUAAAUUCUUUUUUUACAAUACUGUUAAUUUUUUCCUGUCCAAAUUAUCAUUCGUGAUAAUAAAAGUUUUUUGUAAGAAAAAA